AAGGCGUGGCUCCGCGAGGCUGUAACAUAACAGAGAGCUAUAUAUAAGGAUGCCGGGGAAGAGACCCCCGGCCCUGAGUCCGGAGGCAGUAUCGGCUCUCCUUCUGCAGUACUUUCCGUUCAAACACGUCGCCAGAGAAUCUUUAAAACCCCUGCCGAGCUACGACGACCGGAACAUCUACUUCAGAGGAGAAUGCAGGAAUGGCGCGGCGCCUGGCGACGGGUUCGUACUGAAGGUCCUCAACAGCGGGAUAUCGACACACGUUGCAGAGGGGAUGAACGACAUGAUGCUGUUCCUUAGCCGCAGGGGAAUUCCAUGUUCUCGGCCUGUACCUACGAGACGCGGGGACUACGUUCUGACAGCCUCCGAGGGCGACCUAACGAUGCUUUCAUCUGGCUCCACAAAUACUGAAUCCACCGCCGCCUAUGCUGUCCGGGUACUGACGUUCAUUCCAGGCGUCCCAAUGGACAAACUCGAUGCGAAAUAUUUGACACCGGAGCUCGCCUAUUCAGUGGGGGAGAUGAUAGGGAGGGCUGACUUGGCUCUCCAGGACUUCAAACACCCAGCAAUAUUUGAGAGGGAGUUUAGAGAAUGGGAUCUGAUGUAUUUCACAGACAUCAAGCAGUUCAUCCCCCACCUGAGGGACGAGGAGAAGAGACAAGUGGCCCACUCUGUGGUAGCACUGUACGAGGAACACGUUGUGCCUGUGAUCCCCAAAAUGAAGAAAGGCGUGGUCCACAACGACGUAAACGGUCUGAAUAUCCUCUUCGACGUGGGUGCAGCAGACAAGUGUGACUUUAGUGGACUCAUUGACUUUGGUGACUCUGUAAAAACCUGCUACCUCUUUGAGCUUGCCAUCAUGCUGGCCUACGGCAUGUGUGAGAAAGAUAAUCCAGUGGAGUUUGUUGGUCCAAUGUUUCGUGGCUACCGUGAUGUCUUUCCACUGAGUGCAGAAGAGCUGGACUGUCUCUACUAUGCAGUGUUGGCCAGACUAUGUCUUAGUAUGGUGACUGGAGAGUAUAGGUUUACUCUGGAGCCAUGGAACACCUACUUACUCACUUCCCUAGCGGAGGCAUGGAAGCUGAUAAACAUCCUUUUGAGCUUCACCAAAGGAGGAGUGGAGGAAAUAUGGGGUGUGUGCUAACAUUGGAUUCUUGUGCAUUCACUGCAGUAUUAUACUCAAAAUUCUGACCAUUGCAUCUAUGUUUGUGAGUUCAUAUAUAGAGGUUAGUUUAGCAACUAAGGUGCUUGACUUGAUAUUAUUAGAGAGAAGAUCUUUUUUU